CAUCUCAAACUCCUUACCAACAAAAUCUUUUACAAGUUUGUCCGAUGUCCUUUUUAUAGUCCUUCCUAAUAAAACACCUCCCGUUUAUUUUCUGUCUAAAAUUUUCACUCCCUCUCUCUCUCUCUCGAAGCUCAGAGGAGUCUGAGUUGUUCUUCAGCUAAUCUCAGUCUCAAUAAGGCAGGGUUUGAGAAGAGACAACAUUAUUCAGUGACAAUGUCGGUCAUGAUUACCACCAGUUUGGGGGAUAUUGUUAUUGAUUUACACACGGAUCGAUGCCCACUCACCACCAAGAAUUUUCUCAAGCUUUGCAAGAUUAAGUACUUCAAUGGAUGUCUAUUUCAUACGAUACAAAAGGAUUUUACUGCUCAGACUGGGGAUCCUACAGGAAAGGGAGAUGGCGGUGAUUCUAUCUACAAGUUACUUUUUGGUGACCAGGCCCGUUUUUUCGGAGAUGAGAUCCACCAAGAUUUAAAGCAUUCUAAAACUGGAACUGUUGCGAUGGCAAGUGGUGGAGAGGGUCUUAAUGCUUCCCAGUUCUACUUCACGCUGCGUGACGAUCUGGAUUAUCUUGACGGGAAACAUACGGUUUUCGGGGAGGUUGCUGAAGGUUUGGAGACAUUAACGAGAAUAAAUGAAGCAUAUCUGGACGAGAAGGGAAGACCAUACAAGAAUAUCAGGAUCAAGCAUACUUAUAUUCUGGAUGAUCCCUUUGAUGAUCCUCCCCAGCUUGCCAGUUUGAUUCCUGACGCCUCUCCAGAAGGAAAACCACUAGCUGAGAUUGAUGACGAGGUGCGACUCGAAGAUGAUUGGGUGCCUAUGGAUGAAAAACUGGGGGCAGGAGAGCUUGAGGAGGUUAUUCGGCAAAAGGAGGCACAUUCCAGUGCUGUGGUUCUUGAGAGUAUUGGUGACAUUCCUGAUGCUGAUAUGAAACCUCCAGAAAACGUUUUAUUCGUUUGCAAGCUUAAUCCAGUUACUGAAGAUGAGGAUUUGAAUACAAUCUUUUCACGCUUUGGAACUGUAGUUUCUGCUGAGGUGAUCCGUGAUUUUAAAACUGGAGACAGCUUAAACUAUGCUUUUAUCGAAUUCGAAACAAAUGAGGCCUGCGAGCAAGCCUAUUUUAAGAUGGAUAAUGCUUUGAUUGAUGAUCGGAGGAUACAUGUGGACUUUAGUCAGAGUGUUUCUAAGCUGUGGGGUCAAUACAGGCGUAAAGAGCAUCAAACUGGUAAAGGGAGAGGUUGUUUCAAAUGUGGUUCCCUUGAUCACAUGGCCAAGGAUUGCACUGGAGACCCUUCUGUGAAAGCAGAAAAUCCAAAGUAUGUUCUAAAAGAUGGGAACACCCAGCGCGGUGGAAAUGAGAAUUAUGAGAUGGUCUUCGAGGGAGACACCGCUGAUGGCUCUGCACGAGAAAAGAGGAGGGGAGAACGUGACCCGGAGAAAGAUUCUAAGAAACGAAGGGUGGACCGAGAAAGUGAGAAGGACCCUAGACAUAAAGGGCAGGAAAGUAGGGACUCUAGAAGUGAUAGAAGUAGGCAUGAUGAUAGAAGUAGAGGAAGAUAUAGAGAGGAUGAGAGGAGUAGGCAUGGUGUAAGCAGAAGACUCGAGGAAGAGAAGUAUGAGAAAGAACGGUUACCUAGAGACAGUGGCCAUGGGGACAAGAAAAAUGAACACCACCAGGAGCGUAAGGCCUCUAGGAAUGAUGGGGUACGGAUAGGUGACCGAGACUUCAGGGAUACUGACAAAGCAGACAGGAGAAGAGAGAGUGAUAAUAGAAACAGAGAAAGUGGCCGUGAUUCUAGGAGACCUGACAAAGAAGGAGUCGGCAGAGGUGAGAGUGAUCGUCGAGAUAAGGAGAGCAGCCGUGAUUACAGGAGAACUGACAAAGAAGUGGAUAGGAGAAGUGAGAGUGAUCGUAGAAACAAAGAGAGUGAACGCGACUAUAGGAGAUCUGACAAGGAAGGAGAUGGGAGAAUUGAGAGUGAUCGGGUACACAAAGAAAGUGAAGGAAGCAGGAGGAGGGAUAGAGAUGACAGAAAACAUGACAGUGGCGAGGGAGGCAGGAGGAGGGACAGGGAUAGUAGAUGAUUGAAACAGUCCACGCAACGGGGAAAUGUCAGAGGUAAUGAAUUUUGUAUCUAAACAUAUGGUCUAGUGAUGUAUGCUUGUAUUUGCCAGAGGAGAGACAUCCUUUUGUAUUUUACCUCAUCGAUGUAAUUUGUGCAUUCUCCAGAAUCUUUCUUUAUCUGGUUAGCUGGGUAAUAUCUGGGACCAACUUGUUUCUUUUUUUUGAGGCCUUUUAUGUGCUGAAUGGGAAGUAAUCUAAGCACAGGGAACACAAAAAUGAAGCAGCUGUCCAAGUUUAUGAAGGAUGAUAUUUCAUUUUAGUUUC